AUGUUCGGCAUCUUCAAGCCAUCACCUGUGGCAAUGGGCGGCCUCCUCUGGAAAAAUCCAUGGCGCCUUUCGACACCUCGCAAGUCCCGUGUCCGACAGAGGCUGCGUGACGUUGACGACGUCGUAGCAACCAUCGCGGCCAGUGGAGUUGAAUGCAAGCCUCUAACCAGGGCACUGUACAUGCCGACCGAGGCAGAGAUGCCGCCGAAGGACAAGUACACUACAUUCAGCAAGACGAGCAGAGGAUUCAGGAAGAGUGUGCAUAAGGUGCCCAAAUGGACCAGGCUUAGCUUGCGAACCAACCCGGCGGGCUUUUGAGCUUCGUCUUGCACCCAUCAGCCUUCCCACGCCUUGUCCUCGCCCUUGUCUCAUUUCUGUACUAAUACCAAUGCCAUCGCAUCUCCACGUCC